AUGGGCAUGAUCUCUGACAUCAUCCAUAAUGUGUUGGGCCUUCCCGACUCGUGCGUCUAUCAGAAUCAGGUGCGAGCCUGCAGGCUUUCGUUCUCAUGCUGGCUGGAAGGUGGCCGGCAUGUCUCGGGAUGUGGCGAUAACCGAUGGCUUAUGUCGUGCUGCGUGUACGAUAACGAGCAAUCGAAUGCCAUCAUCGCACCGAAGGUGGCCUACGCUGGCCCAAUGGUCCCAAUGCCCAUGAUCGCCCCGAUAGCUCCCGUCAAUCGACCGAACAUGCUGGUUCCCGCGCAGGCAUUUGCCAAGCAGAAGAGCUUCUUCCAUCGGCGCUCAGAUCAACUAAUGCAGAGUGAAUGUGGCAUUCCACAGACGUCCCAGAACACACUGCAGAAGCGCAUUAUCGGUGGCCGGACGGCCAACUUUGCCGAGUACCCGUGGCAGGCACACAUUCGCAUCGCCGAGUAUCAGUGUGGGGGUGUCCUGGUGUCGAGAAGGUUCGUAGCCACGGCAGCCCAUUGUAUCCAGCAGGCCCGGCUGAAGGACAUUCUCAUCUACCUUGGUGAGCUGGAUACGCAGAACUCGGGAAAGAUCAAUGAGCCGCUGCCGGCGGAAAAACACCGGGUUGAGCUGAAGAUUGUACACCCGAAGUUCAUCUUUCGGAUGACACAACCGGACCGGUACGAUCUGGCGCUGUUGAAGUUGACGCGUCCAGCCGGAUAUAAGUCGCACAUCCUGCCCAUCUGUUUGCCGAUGCGUCCACUCGAGCUGGUUGGCCGGAAGGGUAUGAUCGCUGGCUGGGGCAAAACCAACGCCAACAUGGGCCAGACGGGAACGAACAUCCUUCGAACUGCGGCCGUUCCUAUCAUAAGUACAAAAGAAUGUCUGCGGUGGCACAAGAGCAAGAAAAUCAACGUGGAGCUUUUCAACGAGAUGUUCUGUGCCGGUCACUCCGAUGGUCAUCAGGACGCGUGUUUAGGUGACUCGGGUGGACCGCUGAUCAUCAACGAUCGAGGCCGGUACACGCUGAUCGGUAUUACCAGCGCCGGGUUUGGUUGCGGAGUCGAUCACCAGCCAGGCAUCUACCACAACGUGCAGAAGACGAUCAAGUGGAUGCAGAGCGUGAUAUACGCUGAGCAAGGGUUUUCGCAGCAGCUGUUCAAGCUUCCUACCGGAGGUGAGAGUGAUACUCGCGCGAUGUGUUGCCGGUUCCCGCUGCGGUUGCCGUUGAAGCGGGUCCGGUUGCAGCCGGGUUGGAUCCUGGUGGCGUUUGUGGUGCUGCUGGGUGGCGCCACCGUCGCGGACGACAGUUUGAAUGGGCGGCCAAGCGGUACCGGUGCCAACGAACGCUUCAAUGAGGUGCUGGACCGUGAAAACUUGCGCACGCUCAUCAGCCGCCAGCUGCCCAAGCAGGGCCGAUUCUUCGAGGAGUUUGACGGAAAAAGUGAAAUUGCCUUGCGUCUCAACCUGCCCACCAGCCCGUGGUGCCUUCAGGCUACCAUACCGCAUCCGGCCGAGGGCACGUGGGAACCGAUCAAGGGCCUCAGUCAACUCGCACAGGGAUCGCGUGGAGUGACCGCUAGACGGUCCAUUGUUGCCUUUUUGUUUUUGCUCUUUCUUUACCUUUUCCACUCUUCGCUGUCCUCUUUGGGGCAUUCUUCACGCGCCCACUUUGCACAAGUCGGACCAUCGCCUCAGCAGGAGCAGGAUAUACUGAUACUGGAUGCGCUCGGGAAACGGCAAACGUUCAACAACGAGGAUUAUGGGCAGAACUCGAUCAUUGAGCUGUUGGGUAGAAUGAUCCCCCAAACCUGCCGACACAAGGGCCGCAAGUUCGAGUGUGGCUUAUCGCUGUCGUGCGUCCUCGGCGGUGGUAAACCGCUCGAUCUCUGCUCAGGAGGAAUGAUCUGGUCCUGCUGCAUCGAUCGAGACUUUGCCCCCGAAAGUGACCCCGAGCAGGGUGCCGUCCACAAUGCCAGUUGCGGUGAGCUAUACACCCGUACGAAUCGCAUCGUAGGUGGCCACUCGAGUGGGUUCGGAACGCAUCCGUGGCAGGCAGCCCUCAUCAAGUCCGGAUUCCUUACGAAAAAGCUGAGCUGCGGUGGAGCGCUUAUCUCCAACCGUUGGGUCGUCACGGCGGCUCACUGCGUAGCGACAACCCCCAACAGCAACCUGAAGGUUCGGCUCGGUGAGUGGGACGUGCGGGAUCAGGAAGAGCGACUGACUCACGAGGAGUACUCGAUCGAGCGGAAAGAAGUCCACCCGAACUACUCGCCGAGUGAUUUCCGGAACGACAUCGCGCUCGUAAAGCUAGACCGGAAGGUCGUGUUUCGGCAGCACAUCCUGCCCGUUUGUCUACCGCCGAAGAGCGUAAAGCUCGUAGGAAAAAUGGCCACCGUGGCCGGCUGGGGUCGGACACGGCACGGGCAGAGUACGGUUCCAUCAGUGCUACAGGAAGUAGACGUCGAAGUGAUACCGAACGAGCGCUGCCAGCGAUGGUUCCGAGCGGCUGGACGGCGCGAGACCAUCCACGAUGUGUUCUUAUGUGCUGGUUACAAAGAAGGAGGUCGAGAUAGCUGCCAGGGUGACUCGGGAGGUCCGCUUACACUCUCGAUUGAAGGACGCAAGACACUGAUUGGGCUGGUGUCGUGGGGCAUCGGUUGUGGCCGCGAACAUCUUCCUGGCGUGUACACGAAUAUCCAGAAGUUCGUGCCGUGGAUCGAGAAGGUGAUGGGCAAGGAAUACUAG